AUGAUGCCAAGGCAGAGGAAUCAUCAUCGCUCUUCAGCUCGGAAAUCAUCUUCUUAUUCGACGCUCGUCUUCGCGGUAUUGAUCAUGUUCACUUUCGUUAUUUUGUUUCUUCUUGCGUUUGGAAUUCUCUCCGUGCCCAGCAACAAUGUCGGUUCCUCUGAACCCAAUGAUCUCACUUCCAUUGUCCGAAAAACACUUCAGAGAAGUGGUGAGGAUGAUUCACAGAACGAGAACGAGCGUUGGGUUGAAAUCAUCUCCUGGGAGCCAAGGGCUUCUAUUUACCACAAUUUCUUGACCAAGGAGGAAUGCAAGUAUCUAAUAGAGCUAGCUAAACCACACAUGGAGAAGUCAACAGUCGUUGAUCAGAAGACUGGAAAGAGCACAGAUAGCAGGGUGCGAACCAGCUCAGGGACAUUUCUCCCAAGAGGACGCGACAAAACUAUCCGCGAAAUUGAGAAAAGGAUAUCAGAUUUCACAUUCAUACCAGUUGAGCAUGGGGAAGGUCUACAAGUUCUGCAUUAUGAAAUAGGGCAAAAGUAUGAGCCUCAUUAUGAUUACUUCAUGGAUGAGUAUAACACUAGGAAUGGGGGCCAGCGGAUAGCCACAGUUCUUAUGUACCUAUCAGAUGUUGAGGAGGGUGGUGAAACAGUGUUUCCUGCAGCCAAGGGAAACUAUAGCGCAGUGCCGUGGUGGAACGAGUUGUCAGAGUGCGGGAAAGGAGGGCUGUCUGUGAAGCCGAAGAUGGGAGAUGCAUUGCUUUUCUGGAGCAUGACACCUGAUGCGACUCUAGACCCAUCUAGUCUUCAUGGUGGGUGUGCUGUUAUCAGAGGGAACAAAUGGUCAUCUACAAAGUGGUUGCGUGUACACGAGUACAAAGUUUGA